AAACAAUUUGGUUCGCCUGAAAAUGGGAAGCUGAGUUGCUGCAUUAAUGAGAACUUUGGUUUCAGCAUCGCCGGAUUGAGAGGGCAGCCGAGUCACAUGACGUUCACGGGACAAUCCAGUCGUUGUAUAUAAUCGGCCAGUCGCCCAAUCGUUCAUGGCUCGUUCAUCCCAUUGUAUAACGCUACUGCUCAAAUAGACGUCUCAUAAUUCACAUUUCGAUUCGAUCGCAACGGUCACUCUUUACAACGACGACACUCGUGCUUUGCCUCAGUUCGAAGAGAUACCCAUCAAUCUAUACUAUACCGUCAUCAUGUCGCCUCUCAGCCAAAUGUCGCGUCCUCUUGUCCGCAGUUCCAGCAACGUGCGAUCCUUUUCAAUUGCCAUCCCUGCUCGACGCGAAGGACAAGUGAUCAACCCCAAGCCUCGUGGAUAUCUGGCCGACAAAGAGCCAAUCACCCGCCGGGAAGCCACCAGUGAGCGAUACUUUGUCAAGACCCAGCAGUCAACGCAGACGCAACCUGAACAACCCGAGACAUACCAAAUGGUGCGGCAGAAGAUGCUCGAACACCGUCGUCAUCUAGAUGAAUUGGACCAAUAUCUCCAAAUUCUCGGUAGAAAGCAGGGCCCCACGAGUUAUUACUAGAUGACUUGAAAACUGUUUCAUCGGCUUUUCGUCCUUGGUUUUAUUUUCGCUUUUGAUGGAACCUUGAUGGUUCCCGUUCCCUACUUUCGCAAACACCCAACGGUCACGAUACUUUGAUUCCUUGUGAAGUCAAACUGUUAUCGGACCACCCCAUACGAAACCCCCGCCGGAUAGUCAAGCAGGAUCUUAUGAUGAUGACAGUAGGGGGAUUGCGAUAUGGAGGAGAUUGAACUAGACUGAACUGGAUUUGCAUGUAUAUAAGUAUUACUACUGGUAGUAUGUGUUUUGUGGUCAACGGACCAAGGUUAUGGUGUGAAUGAGACAUGUCAUUUUUAUCCCUUAUUCAAAGGAUACA